AUGGCGUCCAAGACUAAGGCCGAGUGCUUACUAAAUACUACGGAAUGCGUCUUGGAGACGAUCGCAAGUAUCCUCAGUGAGAUCCAGGAGCAGAACAAUGAAUAUGACUGGGAUCCUCUAACCUUUAUAUUCACUGCUAUCAUCGGCGUUGUUGCCAUUGCCUUCGCAGCUUUGACUGCUUUUCAGGCAUUCUUAGCUGCCGGUCCUGGCCGUAUAAAAUCUGGAGCUUAUGUCAUCGGUCCAUGGUCACGACGCAAUUAUCGCAAGUUCGACUGGGCUGAGAUGCGAUUUCGGACUACAUCGUCUACUCCAAUUCUAAAGGCCGAGUCACUGAACUUGGGACUUUUGGAAGAAUUCAGAGAGGGCUCUAACUGUUCUGAUCAAGAUCCAGGAGGACUCAGGAAAAGCCCAGAAGAUUACUUUCCGGCAACAUGGCUUGCCCUUUUAACGCACCUUUCCCUAGACUGUACGAACUUAUGGGAAGAGGUGAAACUGACUGGAGCUGACUUUUUCCCUUCGGAGUUCUCGGCUGUCCCAGCAUAUGGUUCAAUCAGAUUUGUCGCAAUUCUGGCUAUGAUUCUCUCGCGAGGACGUGGUCGCCUGACUAUUGACCGAGAAUCCGGCUUACCAAGGGUCCGCGAUACUCACUUCAAUCUCAUCUUUCGGCAGCAUCCUUUGUUGGGCGCUAUUGGAGUCUUCGAGAUAUAUGGAAAUAUGUACUCUCGGUAUUCGUUUUGGCACCACGAGAUACACAGACGAUUGCUUCAAGCACACGGUCAUAUGAGUAUCCAUGGACUCGGUCGCUAUGACAGCCUAGACAAAAUACUUAUGGACAUGGGCCAAUUACUUACUUUCAAUCGGUUUGAGGGUAAAGGAAUUGAUGUUUUCACGAACUGUGUGCGACAGGAAUGCUCCCAUCACAACGAGGAGCCAAAACCAGCAUGUAUUAACUUACUUGAUCAUGUGAAGGACUUCGAUCCUGAGUUUUUCAUGGGCGGUCCUCUUUACCUAUUCAUGGCACAUAUCCCAGAUCUUCUUCCGUCUGUCUUUCCGCACAAGAAGGUCAAACUCCGCGAACGCUUGGAUACUCUUCUACUUCAAAGCCGAUUCUGGGGCUGUAGGUCCAUGGCUUAUUGCGACAUUAUACCCAACCCAUUGAUGAAUAGCGCCAAUUACGAGCUAGAUCUGACCAGCACUGGUACUUCAUGGGCUAAAUCAAUAGAUCCUGAUAUCCACGAGCUGGAAUUGGGUAAGGAAACAUUCGAGCUUUCCUUGAAAUAUCUCAAAGAGAGCCCUACUCAAGAUCGUGAGCAUAAUGACAAAUUCAAGGAUGAUCAGAAUGCACUUCAGCACGAACUCAGAACCAUCGAUUCAUGGUUAGGACAGAUUAAAUCCCAUGCCCUGUGCAGACAGCUCACAUUAAGUGUUGUCGGGGAUGGGGUUCGACAAAUAGUCAAUGUUGUUCAACAAGAGCCAAUUCCCGAGGCCCCGUUCCAUGCUAAGAACGCAACGGUGCCAUCUAGCCGUCGUGGAUUAGAAGGUAGUAUUAACUAUUUCUUGGACGCGAUAGAAAGGCCUGGCAGCUUCAAUUCUCUCUAUGCCUCAGUACAGUCUCCUAUGGAAAUUAGGCGCGAUACGUCUGAACUUCUUAUAAAGAUACUGGAUCUUUGGAAAAUAGAAGAACAGUCUCUGGAGGACAAGGUCAGUGGGAGAGAAGACGGAGCUGAAAGAGCUCAAGAGUAUAAGAGUCGCACAUGGAAGCUACCCAAUGCGACCCAUCAUCCACUGGAUGAUAUCAUUAUCUAUCGUGCGGUUUUGAUGACACUCCUAUAUUGUUUGAGUAGCGAUAGUAGUGCCUUGAUGGAUGAAUCAUACGGGCUGAUUGUCCCAAUUAUGUAA